UUGAAGGGCGGCCGCGGCUCGGGCCGGGAACGCGUCCUGUCCUGGCCUGUGUCCCGCUGGAACCCGGGGGAUGGUCUGCCGGAGCCGACUGGGACAUGGAGGCUCCAGGUAACGGUGGUGCUUGCCCUGCCACCCCCUACCGAGACGUGAAGGCGAUAAAGGUGCCGGCAGCCCCCAGCAUCGAGGACUUCAUUAUCAUCAAACCCAUCAGCCGCGGGGCGUUCGGCAAAGUGUACCUGGCUCGGAAAAAACGCAAUGACAAUAAACUCUAUGCUGUCAAGGUUGUCAAGAAGGCUGAUCUGAUACAUAAAAAUAUGGUGCACCAAUUGCAGGCGGAGAGAGCUGCACUGGCUCUAAGUAAAAGCCCUUUUAUUGUACACCUGUAUUACUCGCUGCAGUCUGCCAAUAAUGUUUAUCUGGUCAUGGAGUAUCUCAUAGGUGGGGAUGUCAAAUCUCUCCUUCACAUUUAUGGCUAUUUUGACGAAGCCAUGGCUGUAAAGUACAUUUCUGAGGUUGCUGUAGCAUUGGAUUAUUUACACAGACAUGGAAUUAUUCACAGAGAUCUGAAACCAGACAACAUGUUAAUUUCCAACCAGGGGCACAUCAAAUUAACGGACUUUGGUCUCUCCAGAGUUACUUUGAACAGAGAAAUAAACAUGAUGGAUAUUCUGAACACACCUUCCAUGAUAAAUCCAAAACUGGACUACUACCGUACUCCGGGCCAGAUCUUGUCUCUCAUUAGUUCUCUGGGCUUUAACACACCAAUGGGAGGAAAGACUAAAGAUGCAUCGUCACUGAUGAGCCCCAUGGUGUGUAGCAAUGCCAGUGUUUCCUUUGGAUCACUUUGUUCUCCUCUGCCACAGAAUGCUGAAGGAUGUAAAAGAGGGCUUGCAAUUAAAGGUGCUGAUAGCUCAUCGUGCAGUCCAAGCUUGCCAGUAAAAUAUCUGACUCCAGACUUUGCACAGUUAAAUACAAAGGUUGGAGCAUCCAGUACCAGCAGUCAAUCACGCCUGUUUCCCUCCAGCACAGAAUCAGGAUGUUUAAGGAGUCCAUUGUGGGAGAAAGAACUCCAGGGAGCAGAAGUUGGAGAGCCUGGUUCGGGAGUGAUUACAGAUAAUGGAACAUCUGUUAUAGGUAGCUCAUUUCAGAAGGAUGAUAUCCAUCAUAAAGGCAGUUUGGAUAUGACUGUCUCUCUGGUUGAAAAUGAAAACAGUCCAGGAAGGAGGCUAGAUGGAGAGAUUCGGGCUACUCCUUUGAACAAUGCAGUAAAGGGUGUUGUCAAAAAAUGCCUUUACAAAAGUGUGGCAAAGGAAGAAGAAAAGGUUACCUCACCCACAGCUGAAAUGAUCAAAGCCUCACCCAACAGACUUCGUACUCACAGCUCUUCGCCUGCUUGGGGAAGCGAAGUAAUGGAAAGCUCAGUGAAUUUUGGGCAAGGCCUUUGCCAAGUAACGACAUCAGAAGGGACUGUUCCAUCUGAAAGUUUACCUCCCCAAGGGUGCCUGAUGGAUAUUUCAUCAACUACUUCUCAAGACUGUUAUGGGAGUGAAUUCCAUGAGGAAAUCGGUGAUAAGCAAAACAGGUCAAAGAGGACAUUUGAUCAGGUAGAUCAUAGCCCAUUUUCAGUUGGUACCCGGAGAAAGAAGACAAAUUCAGAAUAUGAACGUGGAUAUGAAAUUCCAGAAUUCCAACCAAUUGCUCACACAGGUUUAACCAGGGAAAUAGAUGCACUGGGAUUAGACUCUGAAAUACGUAACUGCAAAAGCCCCAUUGUGGAUAAUGAGUGCUUUGAAGGGAAUGGUGGUAACCUUGAAAGAACAUCUGAUAUUGCAUCUGUCACUUCCCUAGCCAAAAACUUGAUGACUGAGCUAGAUGAGCAAUGUGAAAAGAAAGAUUGUAAAGAUGACCUUAAUUGCAGUUUUCAGACUGAUGACAAUGAUAAGAAUCUACAGAGAAGAUUAAGUUUGUAUUCAGCAUCUUCUGCUCAAGAUGAAUCUUUCUCAGAAGUACUUCAUGAGAAAACAUUAGACAUAAGCACAAAAGAUUCCUUAUUUGAAGGGGCCACAGCUAAGGACCGUGUUUCUCCCCAGUCUUGCAUCCUGCAUAAAACACUGCCUCACAGUGCACCAAAGCAUCAGCGUAUAGUUGGUGACAAUAACAAGUGCAGCAACCAUUCAGCAGAAACCUGCCCUUUAUUCCUGGUCAAACCUCUGGCUUCAAACCAAAAGAAGCCUAAUGUUCUAUUCCGAAGUUAUUGUAGUCCAAUAUAUGAAUGUGAUUUAUCUGUAAAGUCCAUGAUGAGUAUGGAGUCUGUAGAAAAAAUGGAUAUAUCCCUUUGCACUGGAAGUUACCCACAAGCUGUGACACCUCUGCCAAGAAUCCAGUCAUACAAACUAACUGGAUCUUUUCAGACUCCACUGCCUGCCAUUAUGCAAACUCCUUAUAGAACUCCAAAAAGUGUGCGGAGAGGUGCAGCUCCAGCUCCGGCAGAGUGGGAUAGAAUCCUGGGAACACCAGAUUACUUGGCCCCUGAGCUGCUGCUGAGAAUGCCACAUGGUCCUGCAGUGGAUUGGUGGGCCCUUGGAGUCUGCUUGUAUGAGUUUCUGACCGGCAUUCCGCCCUUCAAUGAUGAAACACCUCAACAAGUCUUUCAGAAUAUCUUGAACAGAGAUAUACCUUGGCCAGAAGGUGAAGAACAGUUGUCUAAAGAUUCCCAAAAUGCAAUUGAGAUUCUACUGACCAUUGAGUGUUUCAAAAGACCUGGAUUAAAAGAACUUAAGAAGCAUCCUCUUUUCCACAAUGUGGACUGGGACAAUUUGCAGAAUUGCACAAUGCCCUUUGUACCACAGCCUGAUGAUGAAACAGAUACUACAUAUUUUGAAGCCAGGAAUAAUGCUCAACACCUUACAGUUUCAGGAUUCAGUUUGUAAAAAUUGGCUGAAAUUAGAUAACAUGUUGGAUUGAGACAGAAAUGCACUUGUUUGAAUGUACAGUACUAAACUCAGUAUUUAAGUAAUUGUAUUGAUUCAAUAAUAGGAAAGUUUCUUGUUGCAUUUAUCAUUUAAAUUUUUAUAAUUAUCCAGAAUUUUUCAUUGUUUAAAAAUUUGUUUAAUACUAGUUGAUAUUUCCGUUGAUUUGUUUUUUCAGUUUAUUCCUUAACAUUUAUUCAAAGCAAUUUCCAUAGAAUUUUGUAACUUUGAUUAUUGCAAACCAGAUUGAACUGCAAGACAUACAAUUCUUCCCUAAAGUUUCUCCCCAAUUAGAAGUCUUCCUUCCAAACCAGCCACCUCCCCCAAUCUUGCUAAAUGCACUUUAUUCCUAUGGGUCUGACAACCAAAAUGUUGCUACUUUUAAAUACAACAAUGUAGUUGAUUUUCAUUUUGUUUGUAUGGGUAUGUCCUAAAUGUAUGUAUGUUUUUACUUGCUUGUGCCUCUGGUGAAAUUGAAAUUGUCAAGAGACAGUUAUUUACAGGUCAUGGUCACCUAUCAGUAAUCCCUCUGAAUAAAUGAUAAAGGAUGGAGUAAACUGCUCCAUGAAUUGGUCGGGGGCUUCUUAAAUCAGAAUUAAAGCUGCUAAUUUCUUCAUUCUAAAUGAUUUUUUUUGUCUUGUUAGCUGCUUUAAAGAAACCUUUUUUCAAAGUUUCUGGAUGGUGCCCAUUAGCCUGUAGAGAUCAUAAAAUGUAUGCUUGAAUACUCCAUGUCCAAUUAAGUCAAAAUGUAUGCUUGAACACUUCAUGUCCAAUUAACUCAAUUAAGAACUUGCAGGUUAGCAACUGCUUUUCCCCAAUUACUGAAAAACCUGCAUAAUCAAAUAUAUCAUAUGUUUUGACAGCACACAACAUUCUAUUUCAAUGCACUUUGUUUUAUAUUAGAUUAUGUAAUCUAUGUGGUGAUUUUAAAUAAACAAAACUGGUGGGUGUUACUAGGAUUUCUGUAAUAGAGGAGCAAACUUGAAAUGCAAAUGUUGUUUGAACAUUUACCUUUCCAUACAUAGUUCUGCCACUAGAGUACUUUGUUCGUGCUGUAUGCUAUGGAAUGAACUGGAUAUAUAUUUUUGAUUUUUUAAAAAAAUGUUCAAAUGACAGGAGUGGAAGAAGAAAAUGAGAAAUUCUUCCAAGGACAUUUAUAAACAUGUUAAAGGUCCUCAACAAUUGAGUCAGUUCACUACUAGAUUUUUACUAAUGCUUUAAACAUACAUUAGAUUUAAUAAAUGCCACAUUUGUUAUAACCAAGCAUAAUUACAAACGUUUGUACAUUAGCCAGCACUAGUUUGCCUAACCUAUUACUAGAUUCAAUCGGAUGGAUUCCUCCUCUCUCCCACCCCCCCCCCCACAAGAAGUAACCAGUUGUUAUUGAGGGUUAUAAGGUAUGCUGUGCUAUCUGCCCCCUGCAAUUUAAGUGUGACUACCGCCCUGUAGCUCUUAUCUAUCACCACCUCAUUCUCCUGAAUGAACUGUACACUAAAAGAAAGAGAAACUUGACAAGGACAAGUGCCUAACCUCCACCACUCCUUGCAGAAGUCUCUUGAGUCACCCUCAGUUCCCCACUCACACAAUGGCUGCUCUGCUCAAACCUAACUUUUUAUUGGCAAAAGUACCUAAUAACCCAAAUAUAUCACGAAUAGCAGAAAGUGCUGACAAGCUUUUGGGCUUUUUAAAACUGGCACUUAAAACUCUACAAGUGACCGUCUUCAUCUGUCCUUGAUAAAGGAUAGAUAUUUAUAAAAUGGAAGCAGUGUAGGUUUAACCGACUAAUAUCUGGAGUGAGCUUAUUGUCUCAAUGAAAGUGUGGACAAGUUAGACUAGUAGCCAACUAAAGAAUCUUGACUGGGUAGAGGUGUAGAGACUAUUUCUUCAUGUGUGGUAAUUUAGAACAAAUUUCACUUCACAUUUCUUUAAUGGGUCAACCUUCAAUUUUAAUUCUACACACCAACAGAACUCUCCCUCAAAAAUAGUAGUAGCAGAUUGUUUAAAUACUAAAGCAGAGGUAGACAGAAUUUUGAUUAACAGAAUGAAGGGUUUCUAAGGGUAAACUGGAAUGCAGAAUUGAGUUUGCAAUCAGAUCAGCCAUAUUUCUCUAUUUCCCAAAACAGUUGUAGCCAGGUAUCGUCCUCUCUGAACUAAUUUACACAUUCCUACACAAAUAACUUUUGAGUUGUGAAGGAGUCUCAUUUUCUCAUCUGUAAUUAUUCAUUGGGAACAAUUUGAAGUCACUACCUCAAUUUUACUGCUUUCACGCUUCUACUGAUACUCUCAAAGCUGCAUCAUCAGAUUGCUUUGGUAAGACUUUACAGCCCAACAUCAUAGUCUCAAAAUCUACACUUCUCCCAAGAUUCUAUCCCUGAUUAAUGAAUGUAAUCUCUCCACUAAGAAAACAAUCCACUUUCAGUCCUACAAUGGCAAUGUUUUUGUGUCUGCUUCCUAUAUUGUUAAAAACCAUGACCAAAUCAGAGUGUGGACUGCCACCAUUCUAUCACUGUAAGACAUACAUGGUUAUAUUUUUGAAUUCGUUUAUUUAUAGUUCACCUAGUUCCAGUUACCUUUACAGAAGCCAAAUUAUUCUGGUUCCUGCUCCCUGCAACUAAAUU